GGCCGUCGGGGUAUGGGGAGGGCCAUGCUCAAGCCGGGCCCUAGGGGGCCAAGACCAGGGAGGGUGCGGAAGGGAACCGUGGGCCCGCCCUCAGUCCCUACCCUGAGGAGGCUAGUGUUUCCCACUCAGGCAGCAUUUGCCACCGCUGCGGCCGCCACCCAGCGUUUCUUCGGGAUCCAGGUUUCCGUGCCAAUCACGAGGAGUCCAGGGAGGAAAAGCUGCCAGUAACCCACACCUCCCUCACCUUUUCCAUCUCCAGAUCGCCCGGGCAGGAAUGGGCGACAAAGUGUGGCUGCCCUUCCCGGUGUUCCUCUUGGCCGCUCUGUCUCCAGUGCUGCUGCCGGGGGCAGCCUGCUUCACGCCUUCCCUAGACAGCGACUUCACGUUUACCCUCCCAGCCGGCCAGAAGGAGUGCUUCUACCAGCCCAUGCCCCUGAAGGCCUCGCUGGAAAUCGAGUACCAGGUUUUAGAUGGAGCAGGAUUAGAUAUUGAUUUCCAUCUUUCCUCUCCAGAAGGAAGAACCUUAGUUUUUGAACAAAGAAAAUCAGAUGGAGUUCACACGGUAGAGACUGAAGUUGGGGACUACAUGUUCUGCUUUGAUAAUACAUUCAGCACCAUUUCUGAGAAAGUGAUUUUCUUUGAAUUAAUCCUGGAUAAUAUGGGAGAACAGGACCAAGAACAAGAGGACUGGAAGAAAUAUAUCACUGGCACAGAUAUGUUGGAUAUGAAACUGGAAGACAUCCUGGUCAGUACACAUUCUUACAAUAAAAUCAUUUUAUUUCCAGGAAUCCAUCAACAGUAUCAAGUCCAGACUAAGCAAAAGUGGUCAUAUCCAAACUCUGCUUAGAGCGUUUGAAGCUCGUGACCGAAACAUACAAGAAAGCAACUUUGAUAGAGUCAAUUUCUGGUCUAUGGUUAAUUUAGUAGUAAUGGUGGUAGUGUCAGCCAUUCAGGUUUAUAUGCUGAAGAGUCUAUUUGAAGAUAAGAGGAAAAGUAGAACUUAAAACUCUGAACUAGAAUAGUUAAUAUUUAAAAACAAAAAAGAAAAAAGCAAUAAAUGUUACAGUCAAGACCAUUAAUUAUCUUUUCCAAAAUAUUUUGAGGCAUUACUCUAAGUGUGAAACAAGUAUAAUCUUAAUAUGAAAGUCUUCACUUUGAUCUGUGUGAAUUUUAUUGCUCCAGUUGUAUUUAAGGGUAUAAUGGAGAUUUUGCAGACUAAAGGUAUAUUGAAUGAAGCCCUCAUUAAUAAUGGCAUUUUUAUAAGUUUGAAAAAAUUUUGUAAAUGUAUUAGGUGAAAAGAUUUUUACCCAGUACUUUCUUUGUAAGUGACAAAGUAGAUGUUUUCAAUAUAUUGAAGUUUCUUUGUAAAUGUGGGAAUUACAAAUUAAUUGUAUAAGUUUUCAAUAUAUUAAGUUAUAAAUCAUCCGAGAAUUACCAAAUCAUGGAUUGAAUAUAUCUUUUGAAGACAAAGAUUAAACUUUCCUUUUUAAAUAUGCAUUCUUCUGAAAUGUAAGUAGAAGCAUAGCUGUAAAGAACAGAUUUGUGAGAUUUUUACAAUUGAGUGUAUAUUUCAAUUUAAAAUACUAGCAUAAAGUAUGUUUUAUAUAAUAAGCUUUCAUUCCCAAAAGCUGACAUUUUGAUCAUUCUUAAAAGUGCAAAUUCAAACUAAAAAAGGACAGAUUUUUCUCGUUUGAAGUAAACAAUAGCUAACAGUUGUUUAGUCUCCAUAAGGACACUUUCUGUCUAAUCCUUAACCCUAAGGUAUAGGAUUUUUAAAUUAAAUGUGAUGAAAAAUGAUUUUUAUAUUAUCUGUCAACAGUGUUACAUUAACAUGAUUACUGUCUUGGAUAAUAUAUUUUUACCGGCAGUUGUAAAGAAAAUAUUGCCAAAAAGGAUUUGGUCCUAACGUAAAUAUCUCCUUUUCUGAGUUCUUAAAAUCAGUUUAAAAAAAUAUUUGGUAAGCUUGAAAAUACCUGAUCAAAAUAAAGUCCACUUAAUAAACUGUAAGUAUCUGGAGUCUAAUUGACUCAUUAUGAUGAGAUUAAUCUCCAGUUAACUGGAAAAACUACUUGGCUGUAGGUUAUAUUUUUUAUAAUUGUUUUGUUGUUUUGAACUAUCUAAGUAUUCAGGUAUACUUUAUGAAACAUAAGGCCUACUGUAAGGUGUUUAGCACUGGGUAUACAUAAUUUUUUUAUUAUAACUUUCAUAAAAUGUGCUUUGUGAUCACUUUAUUUAACAAUAAUCAAGUUAGGACUGGAAAUCUAUAGGAUGCCAAGUUUAAAUACUCAAUAUGUGAACAACUCGGCCACCCUAUCUUAUCUGUGGAGUCUUACUUACAGUGGUAAUUUAGCUUACAUCAUUAAAUAGAAUUUUUAGGUUACACCCAUUUGCAAUAUUAAGACAAAUAUGAGUUAGAAACAAUCAACUUAUAAAUCAGAAUCCCUCUGUUGGCUAGUACUGAUGGAAACCACAGAAUAGUUUCUUUUGUAAUUUACACUCACAGUGGUACAAAAAGACAUUUCCCUCUUAAUGCCCUUGAGAAGAACAGCAGCUUAGAUUUCCCUAUUCUGAAGCUUUUUAAAAAUGAGGUAAACACCAUACAUAUGAUUGAUUACCUAGGUUGACCAAGAAAAUGUUUUUAAGUGUCUAGGAGUACCCCUGUAACACAUUAAGGGUCAAAAAAAUCAUUGCCUGUGAAGAUUUCUCUCCCUUUACUCCUGUUAAACUUAUAAGAAGAACAAACUUAUAGUAUUAUAACAUAACAGUAUAGAUAUAAAACAUAUAAACUACUAUAUCUUUUCUGUAAAACUGUGAUUAAGAAGUCUACCUCUGGCUGGUUACUGUACUGCACUCUGAUUCCUUACCUAACAAUGAAUUUGUUAUGUCAUCUUCUACAUAUGAUUUGUGCCACUGAUUUAAAACCUAUAAUUCAGUAACUUCUUAGCAUAUAAUAAUGGCCUUAUUUGGAAAACAAAGAAUUUAGAAAUACUGAGAACAAUUUUUAUAGAUACAAA